AUGUGGCGGCUGCCGAGCCUUUGGGCAAAGCCUGCCCGGCACUGGGCGACUAGUGCGCGGACGGUGGCAGCUCUCUCGAGCAUGAUGUCCCGCAGGCCUGGUGGGGCGCCGGAGCUGCGAAAGCCACUUGCCGUGACUGCAGCUGCGCUGAGCUUACCGCUUGCCAGGCGGUCGCUCUCUACUGAGGAGGCGGCUAGGUUCAAGACGCUGAUCGUAGGAAGGCUGGGCAUCCAGCUUAUGGAGAAGAAGGCAUCGCGUCCAAGGACACCGUCUUUUGUCUUCGCCGAGAUUGACGACAUGUUAGCCCAAGACAAGGUCUCCUGGAACAGCAAGGAGCAGCAGGCUUUCCUAGCCAACUACAUGGCCUCCACGCUGGAAGUGGCAUCGCGUGGAAGGCAGUCGGCAGCAAAGCUGAACCAACCAGCUCCGGAAGUGGAGAUAGUCGUCCCCACCGCAGCGGACGAAGUGUUUGAGAGUCUCGAUUCUUUCGCCCCGGACUCCGUGCCAAGGAAGUAUGCCGAAGCAAUGGACGAGUGCUCCUUGGAGAUGGCCAACUUGCUGGAGGAGGUCGCAAAGACCGACGCGGUGCUCCAGCGCGACCUGGAGUCCGAGUUUUGGCAGGAGGACGAGAAGGUUGUUGAGGAGACGCCUGCGGAAGCUGUAGCCAGAGACCCCGGGCCGGCGCUGCUGGCGGCCAGGGAGGUGCCCACGCUAUUCCGUGAUAUUGACGCGCACCUUCCCAGAUCUAAGCGCAAAGCUUACGAGACGCUGGAUCCUCAGUUGCUUCCGCGAGGUGCUGGGGAGAACUUUGAGGGAGCCCUCGAGCGUCGAGAUGAUGGAGUGCAGUGGGUGCACAAGGUCAUGCAUCGCAAGGAUCGUCAUCCUGGCCAAUCCGCUUGGACCAAAAAAGCGCCGCAGCUGCAGCUUCUGGACUCUGAGCGUCUGGACCGCCGAGUGGGGCUCGGCCUCGGAGCGGUCGUUGGCGAAGGGGAGGCCCCUGUGAAGGGGCAGCAGGUGAAAGUGCAUUACACUGGCAAGCUAGAGAACGGGAAGGUCUUUGAUUCUUCAAUACCAAGGGGCGAACCUUUGGAUUUCGCUGUCGGCACCGGUCAGGUAAUUGCCGGCUGGGACGAGGGCAUCCUUACAAUGAAGGUUGGUGGAAAGAGGGAGCUCAAAAUUCCUCCGAAGCUUGGAUACGGAAGUCGUGGAAUAGGCCCCAUCCCGGGCAAUGCCACACUCUUCUUCGAGUGCGAGCUGGCCUUGGACCAAGUCUGGUAUAUCAGCAAUGGUCAGUUCAUUUCUACGAAUGGUCAGCUUUGCAUAGAUGUUCCCGGUGCCUCGGCCACUGCGAAUGACUUGGAACUCGAAGUCUACUAUUGUAGGAAUGCCGGUGAUCUUACGUCUGAUCAAGUGAUGGCCAAUCAGACAGAGAGAGGUUCUCCGGUGGUUUUAUACGACUGCGCCACGAGCAAUGCGAGCAAUGCGCAAGCACGCGCAGCAGGUCAACUUUGGGAGCCCAUUCCUGCCAUUGAAACUGGCUUAGGCGGCUUCAUUCAAGGUGGCAAUAGACCAAGCUGUUUCAGCAGCCAGUAUGUGGACGCGCGGUCCGGUCUUUGCCUGGUGUGUCCUCCGGGUGAGUUCUCAGCAGAUGGUCCUUUCGGUUUUGACUGGCUGAAAAUAUGGGAUGAAAUGUGGCAGCUGCAAAGUGAUGGGCCCAUUGUCAGCAGACUCUCGGGCAAGUGCAUGGACGUGAACGGGGCUGCACUGAUUAAUCAGACCCACUGCGUGCCAAUGCCACCAACCUUCGAUAUCCAAAGCGUGCAUUCCCGGCUUUGCACUGUCGUGGAUGAAGCUGCUCUGAAAAUCGAGGGUGCUGAGAAUGGCUUGGCUGUUGGAGUCGAAACCUGUGAGCAAGCUUACGACCAUGCGACGGAUCAAGUGUGGCAACUCAAAAGCGAUGGCCGCAUAGUGAACAGAUUGUCCGGCAAGUGUUUGACAGUGAAGGAAGGCCGGUCAGAGAGUGGCGCACCAUUGAUCUUGUUCGAUUGCGCGGGCACAGCGCAAGCACGCAUGGCAGGUCAACUUUGGGAGUUGAUGCCCGCUUGUGAGAAACAGCCAGGUUUGUUCAAGCCUUGCGCCUGCAAAGACAACCAAGUACCGAACUUCGCAUCAGGUGGAUGCAUGGACUGCGCCGAAGACGCCAGCAACUUUAGAGUCGACUUCGUCAACGUGAGCUCAGGUUUCCGGAUGGCCUGGAGUGCGUGCGCUGUGCUUCUCAUGACUAUUGGGUUGGGCUGGGCUGUGCUUGGAACCAGUUUGGCGCUGUUCUCUUUUGUUGUUGCUUUCCUCCUUGGCUGUUGGUUGGUCCUUCAUCGGGGCACCAAUGUGGCAGAUGCGGCUGGCGUCAGCUCGGUGCAAAUUCUGAAUGAGGUCAUCGUCAAGAUGCCAUCACAGUCUCAAACGGGAUCCAAUGAGUUGAACGAGGUCAAAGAAAAGUUCUUUACGCUAACCAGCGCAGUCAACAAUGGGCCGAACGAAAUCUCCGUGUCAGAGAAGCGGAUAGGGGACUAUGUGGUGCGUUUGAAGGCCCUGCAUGUCCAGCGGAACGGCCAGGCAGGCAUUGUCGAAGAUUAUGUGCGGGCGAAGCAGCGAUGGCGGGUUCGACUUGUCGCGAGCGGGAAGUCGCACGACUUCAAGUCCGAGAACUUGGAGAUUGAAGAGCCAGCUGACAGACCACCACCUGAAGAUUGGGUUGGUCCUACCACGGAGGUAGAGGUCGAACCCAAGGCCGCCUACAAGGAGGAGGUAGAGGAGCCCUUGAAGCUGACGGCCCUUGCGGCAGGUUGCAAGGUGAUGCUUCACGGUCUCAAGGGCGCUGCAGAGCUGAAUGGCCAGAGGGGCGAGGUCGAAUCUUUUGUGUCAGAAUCUUCAAGGUGGCGUGUGAAGUUGAUGAGCGGGAGCGUGAAGGAUCUGAAGCCGGACAACCUCCGCCUUCUCACAGCAGAAGAGCUAGAUGCAUCCAACACGGCCUUGUCAGAGCUUGAUGCACUUGAAGCUGAUCUAGGGAUAGACUUUGCAGUCACCACUGGAGAUGCUUGUGGACCAGAUAACAGGUUCAUCAUUGAGGAGAAGCUUGGCGAAGGCACCUUCUCAACAGUCUAUCGAUGCAGAGACGCUGCCGCUGCUGGUGCGCAGUAUGCGGUGAAGUUCACCAGGUCCAAUGAGCAGACGCGCAGGGCGCUGGAACGGGAGAUCAAGGUCAUGGGCCAGCUGAUCUCCAAGGUUGGCGAGCGAGAUGCUGAGGGCAUGCGGGCCAUCCUUCGGUUGGCUUUCUUUGAAGGCUUCCAGCACAAGGGUCGCCUGGCAGCUGUCUUCGAGCUCAUGAAGUGCAACUUGCGGACUGCCUUGGCCAAGUAUGGAGCUGGAAAGGGGCUGCCUUUGCUGCCUACUGUUCGAGACUUCGGGCGGCAGCUAUUCCUGGCACUACGUGUGUUGAGGCGAGGUGGCUUGAUCCACUGCGAUGUCAAGCCUGAAAACCUGCUGCUGGGCAGUGACAACUCCACAAUCAAGCUGAGCGAUUUCGGAAGUUGUCAGGGCCAGCCGGACCGGCUGCAGUCUGAUCAGCUUAUGCCGCGAAACUACCGUGCUCCAGAAAUUAUCGUUGGGCAGGAUUAUGACUACUCUGUUGAUAUUUGGAGUGCCGGCGCCACCUUGUUUGAGCUUGCCACCGACUCGGUGCUGUUCAAGGGAGAGACCAACAACGAAAUGCUUCACGCCAUGUUCAAGGUCUGCGGAUCUUGUACGAAGUCCUUCGCGGUUGGCGGGGCCUUUACCCACAACCACUUCAGCGCAAGCGGAGAGUUUUUGAAUGCCAAAGGUGAUUUGGCCAUCAACUCAUCAAAUCCUCGUGUCGUGCCGCUGGAAGCCUUCGAUCCGCCCAGCCGACCGCUACAGACACUGCUGGAGGAUGUGCUCAAAAGACCACCGAAGGGUGUGACAGCUAGCCGGCAUGAAGGCCUCGUCGGCCACUUCAGUGACCUGCUCGUCCAGUGCUGCUCGCUCAUGUCUGGGACUGCAUCACAGUGGUUGCAUCAAGGGAUCUUUGACCAUUCAUGUGUACAAAUCUAG